CGUCAUAUUGAGGUUUGUCCUGAUAGAGCCCCGUAGUGACGUCAUCAUCCACAGACAACAUGGCGGCUCUGUUGGCGAGGAAGCUGACGGGGUUGAUGAAAUCGCCGCUAUCCGUCGCUCUGUGCGUCCGGACGGCGAACGCUGCUCGACUUUCGGCCUUCGCCAAGGCCGUUCAUCCCUUCGGUGUACCCGCAGUCCCGGCCGUACGCGCUCCUCUGCCCGCUACAGCCUGUCGACUAGCCGGAUGCGGUCUCCUUCAACGGGUGUCCGCUUUUAUUCCCCCCGCGAGUCAGCAGCCCAACAGAAGCCUGACAUACUACAGCAUUAAGAAGGGGAAGAGGAAGUCUGUCAGGUCUGUCACAGAACGCUUCAUGAGGCUGCAUUGCGGGCUAUGGAUUCGACGCAAGGCCGGAUACAAGAAGAAACUGUGGAAGAAGAGCGCGGCCAGACGAAAGCGGCUGAGGGAGCAUGUCUUUUGUAACAAAACACAGAGUAAACUGUUAGAUAAAAUGACAACUGGCUUUUGGAGAAGGAGGAACUGGUACGUGGACGAUCCAUACUUGAAGUACCAUGACAGAGUCAACCUCAAGUAUUAAUUCAAUGUUUGCCAUCUUCUUUUGUGUCAAUAUCAAAUUUUUUUUUUUUUUUUUAGUAGUCCAUUAUCGAAACAAUAAUGAGGUCAGUCACAUAAAACAUUUGCUUCAUGUUUAAUGGUUGUAAAGUGAUUUUUAGCAACAAUAAACCAUAUGACAUCACUGCUACUACAUGUAGUGCACAGCAAUUUAAAAGUCAUUUGUUAUUCUGGCCUGCCAGAACAAAAAGAUACCCUGCAAAGUGGAAGCAUUUAAUUAUCAUCAUCAUUUACAAAUUAAUUUACAUGAAUUCACUUGGGAAAUUUAUCUGAAGCAGGGCUGGGGCAACUUUCUCUGUAUUGUCCAUUUAUGAACACGUAUAAUGGAACGCUCAAACAUGUUUAUUUUGGGUUGUUUGAACAUUUUUGGGUUAAACGCUUUGGUGUUUUUAUCUAAAAAAUGAAAAAACUUCUGGUAUUAGUUUUUUAAAUUGAAUGCAAAACUAAAUGAAGAAUUGCCAUGCGAAAAGUUUGAUCUGAGCACAAAUUUUCCCACUGCUUACAUAAGGAAAUUUCUUGUAAUACUACUAAUUAAAGUUGUCCAACAAAAUCCACCCGAUAACAACGGCCGAGAAAAGCAUUUAAAAUCAUUUUGGACAAUAUUGGUUUUGCGCCAGUAUAUAUGCUGGGUUAUAAAUUAAAUGUUAAAAAAAUAAUAAUACAAAACUGCAGCCUUUGUGUAUGGGCUGGUCACAGCGACUUUGCUUAGAGUGGCCUCUAAUUGUCUCAAAGGGAUCCACGGAUAGAAAUACUUGUAGUUCUUAAAAGAUAAAUGUUAGUACAAGUUAUUAUUAUCUGAUAUUGAAACCGCUCUUGAUGUUUUAGUUUUUAUACAAUUUGUAAAAUUAGUUGGUCGCCAUUGUUGUUGACAUCGCAGGGCGGAGACGUCACACAUAGCCACGCUGGCAGAAUUUCACCUGUCACUCUUUUAAAAAAAAAAACAAACAAAAAAAAAAACAUGGCACUCUAUAAUUAUGUAAGGUAGUGCUUUAAAUACGCCACAAGAAGACAAUGGCGAGUUUUACAUUAAUUAGGGAUCAAGCCAAUGAGUGCAUUUUUUUCCCUUAACUGACGCUGUAGUUUCUUUAAUCCACAGUGGGAGAGCGAAAGAGUGGACACAGACAUUCAGAUUCGUAACUCGGACUGCGCCGUUUUUUGGCAUAAACUUAGGCAACUUUUUCACAACACAAUAAAGUAUCAGAUAGUGAAAAUACUACAAAACAAACUCAUAUCUCUCAAAAAAUGUCACCAAGAAGAAAAGUGCUUCAAUCUGUAUUACUGAAACCCUAUUCUCACACAGUUAACAAUGCAAAGAGAACUGGCAUUCACAAUCAAAAUAGAUGCGCAAAAUACACAUAAAACUUACUCAGACUUUGGUCAGACUUUGGCCAAACUAUAUUUAAACAUUUUAGCAUCUCCUUUAGCUUAACAAAUACACUGGAUGGUAAUAUUUAGCCACAAUAAACAAACUUUGAUGCUGCGAGCCAUUUUACGGGAGUCUUGUGAAGACAACUCUCAAAUGAACGUGAAUCACAAUAGACCCAGUCUAAAAAAAAAAAAAAAGAAACGGAGCUGCGGCGUCAGUCGAGAGCCUAAACGCACUCAUUGGCUUGAUGGUUUAUUGAUGUAAAACUCGCCAUUGACACCUUGUGGUGUAUUUAAAUCACUACGUUACAUCGUUAGUGACUGUUAAGUACGGCAGCAUGGCCUUGACGUCACCGGCCUGCAACAUCAACAACAAUGGCGAGCUACUACAUUAAGAGGGGUUUUAAUAUCAAAUUAUUAUUACUCGUACUAACAUUUAUCUUUUAAGAACUACAUGUUUUUUUUUCUGUCCGUGGUUCCCUUUAACUAAUAUGCUUGGGAUUUGGUAACUGAGGGAAUCACUCGUUUGCAAAUAAAAUAAUUAUAAACUCAUCACAUAAACCUACUGUCACCAGAAGGAAAUAGUCACUAAGAAAAGUUAUAAAAUUGUCAUCAUUAUAAUUGGAAUUAAAAAUCUGUGAAAUAGCCCAGCAAAACGCAUCAUGGGAAUUGUCAUUCCUGUAUUUGUAACGCUUUAGACGCCCUAGUGGCUCUUUAGUGUAAAUGUGAUUUAUUUAUUGGGAAUUAUUCCUUGUUUUUAAUGACGGACAUUUUGGCUCCUUUCAAUUUAUUGUAUUUAUAUGGGACAUCAUUUUGGCACUAUGAAUUCAGAAGUUCUUAUUUUCCACAAUGUUUAUUUGAAAAACCUUGAAGUUGUUACAUUUAUCACAAUUAAAGCAUCCAGUGGAGCAUCACAGUACAAUUAGCAAUAAUAUGUGAAGUCCACCACCACAUAUAUCAGUAUCGGAUUUCUGAAGUUGGACAACAUUGGUUAUAAAAGUCAUUAUCGGACAACUCUAUUACUAAUGCUGAAAUACCUUUUUUCCCAGUAUUAAAGUCACAUCUAUGAAAUGAAUACUUCAUGUGAACAACGGAUGUAUCUACAACAUCCUAGUGAACGGCGUGUAAACAAGACUAUUGUACCUGAGAAGCUAUUGUUUCAGCAUAAAAGAUGCAGUGAUGACAUUACUACUGUGCAAUCAUCAACAAGUGACAGUGAUACUCAAAUGUUGCCAUGGCUCAGUCACAUCAAGUGAAGACAAAACACGAUGAGCGUCAUCAGGGACAACGUCAUAAAACAUGUAAGUGUACAUAUACCUUAAAACACUAGCAAUCCCAGCCCUGAUUCACUGUCUCAUAUACCUCUGCAACCCAGAGACAAAUCUACGGUAAAGGGACAUCAACAGAAAUAAAUUUAAACCAUUUGGUGCUCACUAGAAACUAUCUGCUGCGCACCGGAAACAAUCUGAUGUUCCGAGACAAUGUAAUGGUGAUGACGUGCAUGUAAUGUAGUCAUAUCUUUAUAGUUGAGUCCAAGAUUGAAGAAAAGCUCAACUAACUCCUGCAUUAUCAAUUUUAGCACGCCGAAACUGCUGGUGUCUGAUGCGCACCUGCAGUUUGCGGCCUAUAAUUUGGAAGUUCUCCCACAUAGAAAUGAUUGGCGGGUUUGAUUUUUUUUUCAUGGUAGGUGCUUGUCCACUGUGAGAAACUUAAAAAAAAAAAAUCCAGAAAUCUGUGUAUGAUUUUUUUUAAACAAUUUGUAUUGUACUGCUGCAAAUAAGUAUUUGAACACCUGAGAAAAUCAGUGUUAAUAUUUGGUACAAUAGCCUUUGAUUACAAUUACAGAGGUCGAACGCUUCCUUUAACUUUUCACCAGGUUUGCACAGAAUGCAGCAGGGAUUUUGCACCACUGCUCCACACAGAUCUUCUCUAGAUCAAUCAGGUUUCCGGGCUGUCACUGAGAAACCCAAAGUUUGAGCUUCCGCCAAAGAGUUUCUAUUGGGUUUAGGUCUGGAGACUGGCUAGGUCCCUCCAGAACCUGCUUUUUACAAAGCCACCCCUUGGUUAUUCUGGCUGUCUGCUUUGGACCAUUGUCAUGUUGGAAGACCGAGUCAUGACCCAUUUUAAAUGCCCUAACUGAGGGAAGGAGGUUAUUCCCUCCCAAAUCUCACAAUACUUUGCCCUGGUCAUCCUCUCCUUAAUACAGUGUAGUCGUCAAGUCCCAUGCGCAGAAAAACAGCCCCAAAGCAUGAUGCUAAAACCCCUAUGCUUCACAGUAGGGAUGGUGUUCUUAGGAUGGUACUCAUUAUUAUUCUUCCUCCAAACACUAUGAGUGGAAUUAACACCACAAGCUUCCAUUUUGAUCUCCUAUGACCAUGGAAUUAACACCAAAAGGUUCCAUUUUGAUCUCAUAUGACCACAUGACUUUCUCCCAUGACUCAUCUGGAUCAUCCAAAUGCAAGGGCGUAGGUUUGCGUAGGGACAUAACACUACCAUCUUUUCAGGAUGCUCAAAUUGUCCCCACCAACUUUUAAGGAACCUUGUUUGCAUUUUGUAAUGAGUUCAGUUAUACUAGUAUAUGUAAUUUAGAUUGUCUUCCCAUAUGUUGUAAGGAUAGAAUUUACCCUACUAUUAUUAAGCUAAUUAUUAUCAUUAUGUUCAGACUUACAUUUAUCCCUUUUUACUUGCUGAAUGUGCCAACAUGAUUAUAAACCAUGAUGUCUUAGUGUAUUUACAACAGUAACCUUGGAAAUGCCAGCUCCUCCUGUGUAGUUCUCGGCUGAUUCCUCACCAUUCUUAGGAUCACUGAGACCCUACAAUCUUGCAUGGAUCCCUAGUCCGAGGGAGAUUGACAGGCAAUGUUUAGCUUCUUCCAAUUGCUCCAACUGUGGAUCUUAUAUCACCAUGCUGCUUGGGUAUUGCCCCGUAACCCUUUCCAGCCUUGUAGAGGUCUACAAUUCUGUCUUUGGACAGCUCUUUGGUCUUGACCAUGUUAGUUAUUGGACUCUUCCUGAUUGUAUGGGCUGGAGAGGUGUUUAUAUGCAGAUAAACCGCCUCAAACAGGUCAAAAAGUCAGACUCAUAAAUUCACCUCCACUCGACUUAUUUACAGUGGUAUGAAAAACAAUGAACCUUUUCGAAUUUCUUGCAUUUCUGCAUAAAAUCACCAUCAAAUGUGAUCUGAUAUUUGUCAAAAUCACACAGUUGAAAAAAAAACUGCCUGCUUUAACUAAAACCAUCCAAACAUUUAUAAGUUUUCAUAUUUUAAUGAGGGUAGUAUGCAAACAAUGACAGAAGGGGGAAAGACUAAUUAGGUGAACCAUCACAUUUAAUAUUUUGGAGGACUAAUCAGGACUAAUCUUGGCCCAUUCUUCCCUACAAAACUGCUGUAGUUCUGUCAGAUUCCUGGGAUGUCUGGCAUGAAUCGCUGUCUUUAGGUCAUGUCACAGCAUCUCAAUAGGAUUCAAGACUGGACUUUAACUUGGCCGCUCCAGAACGUGUAUUUUGUUCUUCUGAAACCAUUCUGAAGUUGAUUUACUUCUGUGUUUUGGAUCAUUGUCUUGUUGCAGCAUCCAUCAUCUUUUUAGCUUCAACUGUCUGACAGAUGGCCUCAGGUUUUCCUGCGAAACAUCCUGAUAAACUUUGGAAUUCUUUAUUCUUCCCCUAAUGACUGCAAGUUAUCCAGGCCCUGAGUUAGCAAAACAGCCCCAAAUCAUGAUGCUCCCUCCACCAUGCUUCACAGUGGGGAUGAGGUGUUGAUGUUGGUGAGCUGUUCCAUUUUUCCUCCACACAUGACGUGGUGUCUUCCUCCCAAACAAUUCAACUUCGGUUUUAUCAGUCAACAAAAUAUUUUGCCAAAACUUCUGCGGAGUGUCCAAGUGCCUUUUUGCGAACAUUAAAUGGGCAAUAAUGUUUUCUUUUAGACAGCAGUGGCUUCCUUUGUGGAGUCCUCCCCUGAACACCAUUCUUGGUCAUAGUUUUACAUAUAGUUGAUGUGUGUACAGAGAUAUUGGACUGUGCCAGUAAGUUCUGUAAGGAUAUAGCAGACACUUUAGGGUUCUCUUGCCGUCAUCUUUGGUGGACGGCCACUCCUUGGGAGAGAAGCAACAGUGCCACACUCUCACCAUUUAUAGACAACUUCUCUGACUGUGGAUUGAUGAACAUCCAGACUUUUAGAGAUGGUUUUGUAUCCUUUCGCAGCUUUAUACAAAUCAACAAUCGCAGGUCUUCAGACAGCCCUUUCGACUUUUCUUACCAGGUGUGUUUUUUAUAUUGGGCAGGGCAGCUUUAAACUACUCAUCAGUGAUUGGGCACACUCCUGACUUAAAAUGUUUGGUAAAAAUAGCUUUCAAUUGCUCUUUAAGUCUCCUUAGGCAGAGGGUUCACUUACUUAUUUUUCCCCUUUCUGUCAUUGUUUGCAUGCCAUCCUCAUUAAAAUAUGAAAACCUAUAAAUGCCUAGUGGUUUUAGUUCAAGCAGACAGUUUUUUCAUCUGUGUGAUUUUGACAAAGAUCAGAUCACAUUUGAUGGUGAUUUUAUGCAGAAAUGUGACAAAUUCCAAAAGGUUCAGAUACUUUUCAUACUACUGUAGGAGAAUAAGUGGAGUUGUUUUUUUUAAAGGUGACUAACAGGUCUUUGAGGCUUAAAAUUCGAGCUAAUAGACACGUGUUUAAAUACUUAUUUGCAGCAGUAUAAUACAAUUAAAUUGUUUAAAAAAAACAUACAAUGUGAUUUCUGGAUUUUUUUCCCAGUUUAGAUUGUCUCUCACAGAGGACAAGCACCUACCAUGAACAUUUAAAACCCGCCCAUCAUUUCUAAGACGGAGAAUUUACAAAAUCGCAGGGCGUUCAAAUACUUAUUUUCCUUACUGUAUAUGCUCCCAUUAAGAAUCGGUAUAUCGUUUUAAAAAGGUGUCAUUGUAUAAAAAAAAAAAAAGAGAGAAACCAACAGGUUGCUACCAAAAUAUUACAUUAAAAUAGUGUUUAAGUAAGCUCACUGGCCGCCAUUGACAGCACUAGACAUCCAAUUCAUUUUUACACUAUUGUAGGCAUUUACAGGUCACUUCCUAUCCAAUUGAGGACAUUCUUGAGUCAGUUCUUUUUCAGUAAUCCAAUAGGACAUUCUUGAGUCAGUUCUUUUUCAGUAAUCCAACAGAAAGUGACCUGUAAAUGUCCCAAAGUCAACCGGAAGUGACUGAAAAUCAACAGGAAAUGACGUGAUGUGCCCCAAAAGUUAACUAAUUGGCUGCCACUGACGGCAAUAGACGUCCAAUCCGUUUGAUGUAAAAGGGUGGGAGCAAAUGAACGAAUUGGAAAACUUCAAUGCUAGUCUAGGAGUUUGGUAGCAGAAGGGCCUUUUGCUGCCGGCUUGAUUUGUCACAAACAUACUAUUUGGAGCAAAACACAAAUAUGCUUCCAAACUGAAUUACUGGACACCUUGACAAAUAACUUUCGAGCAAUAUUCUAAUUUACUGAUACGGAAGAGCAGAGCUGCCAGUGUUAGAGAAACAUUUCUACCAGGGCUUUCUUAUUUCAACGCAUUGACAACUCAUUUCAAUCUAUUGCUAACCUUGUUUUAACGUAUCGCUAACCUUGUUUUAAUGCAAUGUUAACCUCGUUCUAACGUACUGAUAACCUCAUUUCAAUGACUAGUUAGUGGCGAAGGCUAAAUGCUAAAAACAUGGGGUUUCCUCAUAGUUCUUCAGGGUUUGGGCAUGCGCAGUUGUACUCAGCUACGGAAGUGCCUCUCCGUCACAUUGUCAUAAGCAUGCUGCAUUUGAGGAAAGCAACCUCCGACCAUGAAAAAUGUUGGAACGCCACUCGAACUGGGAAAUCCUAGUUGCUAAAUCAGGGGGAAAAAAGUAUCAUGGCAUCACUCGACAAAAUGGCACCCAAGACAAUGUAUUGAUGACACAAUUAUGAAGUUAAAGGAAGCUUCUUUGAGAUGCCCUGUAUAUUUUUUUCUCAUACAGUGAAUUUUAUUAGCUCAAAUAAUUCAUAAAUAUUUUUUUAUAUAGGGCGGAAAACGGGUGACUUGAAGUUCCGCUCUGAGACCCCCAAUUUGGCCAAAUUUCAAAAUUGUCCGAUAUGGACGUGUGAUACAUCAUUGGUAAGCUUAAAAUCUCAAUUUUCUUGGGGAAGAAAAAUUUUGAACAAGAGGGUAUUUAAAAAAAAACAAUUAAACAGCAAAACCCUAACUGAGGGUGAGAGCAGAAUUAAAGACGCCACGAUUUUAACGAGAUAUUAUCGCGUACUUACUGUACCUUGUUUCGAGACAAAAACUCCAUGUAGCAUGUAUCACCGAGUGUAAAGACACAGCUGUGAAUGGCCACAGCCAGAUUUUGGGGGGAUUUUAUGGGUGAAACAUCGUAAUAUAACAAGGGCCGCGAUGCAGAAAUCGCAGACAUCAAGGAGCGGUCGAGAUUUUUAUUUUCAUAUAUUUACCCUUUUAAACUUUUUUUUUUCCAAUUUUUCUUUGUUUGGAUCGAUUAUUUAUCACCUAAAAUAUCGGGGAAAAUGUGACAGUAACGAAAAAAAUAUAUAAAGCGAUAGUUCUGAGGUAGAUAUCCGGGGAUUUUUUUACGGACGCCAAUUUUUUUAUUGUGACGUAAUUUGUUUAAAAGCUUAAAAUAUGCAAGUGAAUAAUUUUUUAAAGUCGUUUUUUUUUUUUUAAACUAAAUAUAUAUAUUGAUAUAACAAGCGUCGCGAUGCAGAAAUCGCAGACAACAGGGAGUGGUUGAGAUUUUCUUUUUCAUAUAGUUAUCCUUUUAAACGUUAAUUUUCAAUUUUUCUUUGGUUGGAUUGAUUAUUUAUCAUCUAACAUAUCGGGGAAAAUGCGACAGGAACAACAACAAAAAAAAAUUAAACGAUACUUAUGAGGUAGAUAUCCGUGACUUUUUUUACAGACGCCAAAUUUUUUAUUGUGACGUAAUUUGUUUAAAAGUUUAAAAUAAGUGAGUGAAUAAUUUUUUAAAGACUUUUUUUUUUUUUUUUAAACUAAAUAUUAGACAUCAGUUAAUGAUUCUAAGCUAAAAAUGACAGACAUUUUGAAUAAUAUAAUUAAUUACCUUCUUUUUAUAGCUAGGUUGAAACAAAAGCGGUUGCGCGACGUCUGUAAACGGGGGUUUUCAGGGUAAAACGGACAAAUCAAAAAUAAUUUGGGGACUUAAUGCGCCAUGAAUCUGCCAUUGCAGCAUAUAGACAUAUUGAUCUGCCAAACAACAGUUGUUUUGGCUUAAAAUACAGCAGUUUCUUUUAAAGAGGAGUGCAAGAGCAGAAACUGCUUUUUCAGUCUCGUCUGUGUUUUCCGCCAUAGACUUUCAGCAAGGAUGUAACGAAAGUAGGCAGUUUAAAGUGUAUGCUAUUUAUCGCAGCCGUUAUUUUUUCCUCCUCUA